AUGCUAAGGUCUCUUGUUGGUCUCGAACUCUCAGGGAACAACCUCACUGGUUCAAUCCCUCCAUCUAUAGGGAACUUGGGCAACUUAACCACUUUGUACCUUUAUGACAAACAACUUUCCAGAUCAAUCCCUCAAGAAGUUAGGAUGCUGAGGUCUCUCGUUGGUCUCAAACAAUCAGGGAACAACCUCACGGGUUCAAUCCCUCUAUCUAUAGGGAACUUGUGCAACUUAACCACUCUGUACCUUUAUGACAACCAAAUUUCCGGAUCAAUCCCACAAGAAGUUAGGAUGCUGAGAUCAAUCCCUCAAGAAGUUGGGAUGCUAAGGUCUCUCAUUGAUCUUGAACUCUCAGAGAACAACCUCACGAGUUCAAUCCCUACAUCUAUAGGGAACUUAGGCAACUUAACCAUUCUAUACCUUUAUGAAAACCAACUUUCCAGAUCAAUCCCUCAAGAAAUUGGGAUGCUGAGGUCUCUCGUUGAUCUCGAACUCUCAUGGAACAAUCUCACAGGUUCAAUUCCUUCCUCAAUUGGAAACUUGGACAACUUAACCACUCUGUACCUUUAUUACAACCAACUUUCUGGAUUAAUCCCUCAAGAAGUUGGGAUGUUGAGGUCUUUCGUUGAACUCGAUCUCUCAACGAACAAUCUCACUGGUUUAAUACCUGCAUUUAUAGGGAACUUAGGCAACUUAACCACUCUGUACCUUCAUCACAACCAACUUUCUGGAUUAAUUGUUUAA